UAUCGCGCUGACAUCACGGCGGCGGCGCUGACGUCACGGCGGCGGCGCUGACAUCACCGAACGACCCGCCGGCUUAACGGGGCGACGUCGUCACAGGCCCGGGGCGAGGUGAAGCGGCACCGGGAAGGGCCGGGCGCUGGCGCGGAGGGGUCAGAGCGGCGGCCGGGGAGGGAGGGGGACACUCGGCCCGCGAGGGGCUUAACGGACCCCCGGCUAAUUAACGAGGGCGGGGAGCGGAGGUGGCGGCGCUAACGCCCACCCCAGCCCCAGCAGGGGCUUUGGAGAGGAGCCCUGGAUUAAGUGGUUCCCGGUGAAAGGGCAGCGCUCCGGCUCCGCUGCCGGCGGCGUAGCCAACGAGCCCCGGCCCGUUAAGGAGCCCCUCGCUCCCCCACCCAAGCCGCGCUCGGGAAGCCCCCGACGUAGCACCCACGGCCCCGGGGAAGCGGCGAAACGCCCGGUGGCGGGGCGCCUCGGCCAACGGAAAACCUUUUUAUUUUUUUUUUGGGUGAAAUCCCCCCGAAUUCAGCGCCCGCCACCGACGGCACGACCCCCGGCGAUGAGGGGGCGGCUGGGGGAAGAGGGUCUCCCCCCACGAGCCGCCCUCGCGCCCCUCACCGCGCCACCCGCCGCGGUGAAAGCCCGGUGCCGGUGAAAGAAGCGGGGCCGUCCUCGGCGGGCUCCGGCGCGAGCUCCCGGCAGUGCCGGCGGAGAGGAGGUAAGGGGGACGGCGCCGGCACCCCCGUGUCCCAGCCGGGGGGUCUUGGGGUGGGGGGAAAAUCAGCCCGAAAGGGGUUUCCUCGUUGCGGGACUAGUUACGGCGAGGGCCCGGCCCCAUCUCACACACAGAGGGAAGGGGACGCCGGCCGCGGUUAAAAGCGGCGAUUACCGCCGGCUAGGCGAGGAUUACGGCUGUUCCCUGCCCCGUUUUGUGCUGGUUUAACCCCAAUUCCCACCCAAGAGCCCGGUGAUGUUUUAAGGACCAAAAAAACCCCCAACCCGCUACGAAACCCCUGCGGGCGCGAGGGGCGCGGGUGACCGCGCCGCCGGCGGGCCCGAGAUCGCCUUUAAACCCGCUGUUUUCACCGCUCUCGCCCCCCACCCCCAACCUGCUUUUGGGGAGGGGGGAGAGGAGGGGAAGCAUUUCCAAGGCGGCCCCUCGCUGCCCCGCUCCCCCCGCCCCCCGCCCCAGAUCCGAGCCCCACCGGCCUCACUUCUAACGGCGCUCGUUUCCCCGCUCGCCCCCCGGGCGAAGGCCGCGAUGGCAGACGGGAACUCCACGGGAGCGUCUCAGUUCUUGCAGAAAUGCGUUAAGCCGGAGGCCGGAGAGGCGCAGCCCAAGGAGGAGGCGACGGAGGAGCCUCCCCUCCCUCUCGUCCCGCCGUCGGUACGAGAGGAAGUUCCGACGGUCUUCAACGCCUACAGCAUGGCGGCCGCCAACCUCGGGCCGUCGCCGAGGAGGAGGAGGGAGAAAGGCGGGGGGCCGGAGGGCGCGAGCGCGGCGCUCUACGUCGACCGCCGCAAGUCCAAGGUGUGGAACUACUACACGAAGCUGGGCGACGCCUACGUGGAGUGCAACGUCUGCAAGAAGCAGCUCUCCUUCCACAACAGCACGACGACGAUGAGGGAGCACCUGGUGAGGAAGCACAGCAUCCGCGACACCCUCCUCUCCCAGCUCAAGGACGACCAGGCUUCCGAAUCCGAGUGCGCGGCUCAGGAAAACGCCGCGAAACGCUCGCGGCAGACGCCGCCGGAGAGCGGCCUCUACCACGCCGCGUCCUGCUCGGAGCCCAGGGCCGACGUCAUCCUGGAGCUGGUGCUGGAGAUGAUCUUCCGCGACCUGCACCCGCUCUCCGUGGUGAAGGACAAAGGGUUCGGGCUCCUCGUGGGCUACCUGGAGCCCAGCUUCGCCCUCCCGUCGCCCCUGCAGCUCGCCGGCAUGCUGUGGCGCAGGUACAACGUGGUCAAGCAGCACGUGGAGCGCUACCUGCAGACGGCCCAGGCCAUCGUGGUGUGCGCGGAGCUCUGGGGCUCGCGGCUCAGCCAGACCUACCUGACCGUCACGGCCAACUUCAUCGACGGCGAGUGGCGGCGGGCGCGGUGCGUCAUGGAGACGCGGCCAGUGCGCCGCGACGAGGCGGAGGGCGAUUUGGGGGAGAAGCUCUACGCCGUCCUUGGCGAGUUCGGGCUCUCCAGCAAAUCCGUCUUCUGCGUGCUGCACGACGGCCCGGCGGCGAACGGGCAGCGGCUGACGGCGGCGUACGGCUGGAGCAGCCUGCGCUGCGCCGCCCGCACCCUCCACCUCUGCGUCAAGGCCGGGCUGGACGUGGAGCAGGUGCAGGAAGCGCUGGGCAUCGCCCGCGGCAUCGUCGGGUACUUCCAGCAGGACGCGAAAGCCACCUGCUCCCUGAACAGCAAGCUGGAAGCCAUCAAUAAAAGCAAGCUGAAGCUGGUGAUGGACGCGGGCUCCCGCUGGAUCACCACCCUCGAGAUGUGCGAGAGCCUCCUCGACCUCAAGUGGGCCAUCAUGUCCGUGCUGGAGGAGCACCCCAAGGGCACGGCGGCGCUCCGCCACUUGGCCGACCACCAGUGGAAGCUCCUCCAGGACCUGGUGCCGGUCAUGAGGACCGUCAAGAUCGCCACGUCCUUCCUGCGCGAGGAGCAGAACGCGUCCGUGUCCGCCCUGAUGCCUUGCAUCCACGGGAUCGUCGCCGCCAUCGGGCAGCAGUCGGAGGAGGCCGGCGCCGUCAUCAAGACGGUCGUAGGCAACAUCAGGUCGGAGCUGACGCGGCGCUGGGGGUUAGCGGAGGACGAGAAGCUGCUGGAGAGCCCGGCCGUUAUCGCGUCUUUUUUGGACCCGCGCUUCAAGGAGCUGAGGUUUCUGAGCCCCAGCCUGAGGAGCGAGCUGCACAGGAGAGUCAAAACCAUGCUGUCGCAGGUUUUCCAGCCCCCGCCCGCCGCCCAGUUCUGGGUGCCCAACGCCGAUGCCAAAGCCGAGGGCGGAGACGCGGGCGGCCAGCUCUCGGCCCGCAAGGAUCGGUGCUCGAGCGCCCCGUCCCAGAGCAUGUACGACAUCCUUUUGGGGAAGGACCCGACCGAGAGCAUGCCCGAGAUCCACCAGCAACUGGAAAACUACAUCGUGGAGCCUCUCUGCAAGCGCAGCACCAACCCGCUGGACUGGUGGAAGAACAACGAGCAUCGCUUCCCGGCCGUGGCGCGGCUGAGCCGGCAGUACCUCGCCGUCCCCGCCACCGCCGUGCUGCCCGAGCAGGCCUUCGGCGCCGGCGAGAGCGCCCUGGAGCAUCGGCGAGCCGUCCUGGCGCCGGAGAACCUGGACCAAAUCCUGUUCUUGCAUCAGAAUUUCGAUUUUUUAGAAUCGGUGAGAAACGGUAGCGAGGCUCGGAACAGAACGCCGCACUGAGGCGCGGGGGCUUCGGCCCCGCCGCCGUCACCCAGCGCCGGGGGGGGGUUUGUUUUGUUCCAAACUCCUGCCCACGCCUUUCCGGAAUCGCUUUGGCGGCCAAGAGCGAGCUCGGGAGGAGGGACGAACCCUCCAGCGCUCGCGCUCUCGGCCCCGGCCUCAAGGCACUUUGUUUCCUCUCGGUGCGGCCCUACUCGCAUCGCACCCACCCCGGGGCGCCCGCCCGAGAGCCUAAGCCAGGUUUAAGGCCCCCGAGCGCCUUCUCGAGCGCUCUAAACCCAGGCCCAGCCCGUGCCCGGGUGGUUUCAACACGAGAAGCGGGAGGGUAACGCUCGCACCCGCUCUGCGAAGCCUGAUUUGGGUGAGGAAGUUGUUUAUCGAGGCCCAGACCCAAAGACGGGUCCCGUAAGGGGAAAAAGGAACCGAAACACGGAUUUGUUUGCGCCGGGUGCGAACGUUCGGCCUAGGAAAAAUUAAAGCUGUGAAAAUCUCCAGGCCUGGCAACAACAA